AUGGCACAGCACGGCACAGCGCCCAUCAUCAUGCUAACGAAGCUCAAGAACUACAAGGAGAGGGCUCAAGUUCUCGCUUUUGUCUUCCAGCAUUACUAUUACUCAAGGAAUCCACGAGGGGAGCUGCCACUUUAUAACUGGAUGAAAUUCAUCGCUCUUGGGAUGAAGGAAAGGUUCCCACUUAUAACACAGCUUGAGGCGUCAGUGGCCGGAAGCGAGGCCAUGAAGCCGACUAUAAAGGGGUUAAAGGACGAGUGGGUGCUCCAUCGGGUUCUGCUGCCCCGUUCCGUGUCCAUGUGGGGGACAGAAAAGCCCACCGCUGUGUUUCGGCGAGUUGCAGCCGUUGCUGGGGACGAGAUCGUGUCGUCUCAGCCGUCGGAUGAGCCGAUCCGGAUAGAGCCGAAUCACUUCUGGGUUCUUGCAGACAACCCCGAUGUUCCUGCAGAGGAAGCGUGGGACAGCCGCACUUUUGGCCCCGUGCAUCUAGAGGACGUGCUGGGGAGGGCGGUCUAUGUGGUGCGGUCGAUGCACGACCAUGGGCCCAUCCAGAACAGCCCACAGGCAAUGGUGGAGGACGCAGCAGUGAUGGCUGGUGAAGGGGACUUGGAAAGUGUGCUGCAGAGAGUACGAGCAGUGCAGCUGCGGUGA